AUGAACACGUUGGACGUAGAAGACGACAGCUUUCACGUCUCACAUGAAGGCUACUCCCAUCUGAGUGACUCAGAAUGGGAGGUAGUCGGCCGCAUGAGUAUGCUCAUGGGAGAACCCGCCAUCGGUGGCAUGUUGGAGUCUCUAAGCAGAGGCCAGCAACAUGAUGCUAUCAACAAGUUCCUACAAAGGGAACUUGCCGUCGAAAGGCAGAAGAUAGCCUUGCUACAACAGCAGGGCUCUCAUCAGUCGAUGGGCGGGCCGAAGCACAUGCGUCGACCCGAAACUUUGAAGAUUGAUAUCUCAAGGUACAAGGGAACCGAUGAAUAUUUCUCUUUAAGAUGGUUCGUCGAGUUAGACGACGCCAUCAGGGCCUAUCGCAUCGAGGGUGACGAGACGCAAGUCAUCUUCGCCCUGUCAAAUUUGACGGGACGAGCAAAAACUUGGGACUUAGGGCUCAAGCUUCACGACCCAAACGUGUUUGAGUCGUCGAAGAUCUUGAAGUCUCGGCUUAAAGAGACGUUUGAGCCGCCGAGAGCCGGGUUCAGAGCACGCUCUGCACUCUUGAGGCUCAAGCAAGGUAAGCAUGACGCGCACGCUUACGCACAGCACCUGCGCUACCUUGCGAGUAGCGUUACGGAGAACCCUGUUGAUGAGCACACGCUCACCAACGUGUUCAUCUACGGCCUUGUAGGUGGCCGGUGA